AUACUACCAACAUCUUCAGAAGGCUGCGCUUAUUACUCAGUGUGGUUGGAGGCGUAGAGUUGCUCGCAGAGAGCGUAGAAAACUGAAAAUGGCUGCAAGGGAGACAGGGGCCCUUAAAGAAGCUAAGGACAAAUUAGAGAAGCGUGUCGAAGAACUUUCUUGGUGUUUGCAGUUUGAGAAGAGAUUGAGGACUGAUUUGGAAGAGAAGGCACAGGAAGCUGCUAAGUUCCAGGAUGCUUUGCUUGCAUUGCAGAAGCAAUUGGAGGAAGCAAAUGCAAACAUAGUCAAAGAAAGAGAAGCAGCUCAAAAAGCUAUCGAAGAAGCACCUCCAGUCAUAAAGGAGACUCCAGUAAUGGUGGAAGACACGCUAACGGCAGAAAUUGAGAGCUUGAAGGAGCCUCGCCAGGAUCAUUGGGAUGCAGCUAUGCGGGUUCUUCACUACUUGAAGCAAUCUCCCGGUCAAGGGAUUUUUCUACGCUCGACAUGCCUCGAACUUGAAGCAUUUUGAGAUUUAGAUUGGGCAAGUUGCCCCCUGACCCGUCGUUCUAUUACGGGAUACUUCAUUAUGCUUGGAGGGUGCCCCGUUUCAUGGAAGACGAAGAAACAUACAACAAUCUCUCGCUCAUCUGCUGAAGCAGAGUAUCGAGCAAUGGCGGCAACUGUUAGCGAGAUCGUCUGGUUGCGUAGUCUUCUCUCUUCCCUUGGGGUACAGAUGACUUCACCGACUCGUCUAUUUUGUGAUAAUCAAACUGCGCUACACAUUGCAGCUAAUCCUGUUUUUCAUGAGCAAACGAAGCACAUUGAGAUCGAUUGUCAUUUUGUUCGUGAACAUAUCAAGACAGGACUUGUGACUACCGACCAUCUGCCUACGAGACUUCAGUUGGCGAAUAUCUUCACAAAGGCAUUGGGUCGAGAUCACUUCCGUUUUAUUCUUUCCAAGUUGGACAUUCGUGAUUCUCAUGCUCCAACUUGAGGAGGAGUAUUGUGGAUAGUUCGGAUUUUAUCAUUGUAUAAUAGGAAUAUUGUAAUAUAAUUGGUAGUCAUAGAUACUGGUUAUAUAGCACUAAUUAGUUUCCUUCUCUUGUAAGACCAUAUGGUCUAUUUAGUCCCGACUAUUUUCAAUGAAUUACAAGUUGGAUUGUUCCAAUCUUCACAGCCACCGUGGAUUCAACAGCUUUAGAAGGUUGGAAAUUCAGUUCCCCAAGCCUGAUUGUU